AUGUUGGGGGUGGAAAUGUACCCAAGUCUGGCCCUGGGGCCACAGAGGCUGACAGACUGCUGUUACAGAGAACGGGAAGCCCCAUCUCAUCGGACGCUCUUUCCAACCACGUGUGACAUGGCAGCCAGAGCCCCACCCCAACGGUUACUGGCUCCACUCCUUUCCAACGAAGGUACAGGAAAAGGACAAGACAAAGUCACAAUGGAGCUGGAAAAUGCAGCUCUAUGGAAACAGUUCAGCAGCGUGGGGACUGAGAUGAUCAUUACAAAGACUGGCCGACGAAUGUUCCCCCAGCUCAGAGUGAAGGUGUCUGGGUUGAAUCCCUCUCUGCGCUACAUCCUCUUGCUGGAAGUGGUACCUGCAGAUGGGUCACGGUACCGUUUCCAGGGUGAUACCUGGCAGGCUGUGGGUGGAGCAGAGGCACGCCUCCCCGAUCGCGUCUUCAUCCACCCGGACUCUCCAGCCACAGGGGCGCACUGGCAGGGCAGGGUCAUCUCCUUCCAUCGCGCCAAACUGACCAACAACACGCUGGACACACGUGGACAUAUCAUUCUCCACUCUCUCCACCGCUACCAACCUCGCCUGCAUGUGAUCGAAGCCAGGGAUGUGCUGAUGUGGGGAGGGGGACGAUACUCCUUUGUCUUCCCUGAAACACAGUUCCUCACCGUCACAGCCUACCAGAACAGUAAGAUCACUGAGUUGAAGAUUAAUUCCAACCCCUUUGCCAAGGGAUUCAGAGAGAAUGGCAUGAACAGCAAGAGGCAGAGAGAAGCCAGGCUUAAACGGAAAUUAAGCGGCAAACCAGCACAGCAGACAGAGCCACUAGAUAUUGUGUCCUGUGAUCCAUGUGACUCAACUGAGUUGCUGCCCCAGUCAACCACAAACCUCCAGGACCUUGGCCUAACAGGCCUCCCAAUCCCAGAGUCUGUUUGUACCUACAGCCCAGACAACUCCACAUUCCAGCAGGCUCCAGUCUCAGACGAGCCCCUGGAUAUUGGCCAGGCCUUCCUCACACCACAGAUUGCAGAGAUCACAGCUCCCAUUGAAAAUGUGCAAACAACAUCAGACACAAGUGGCAAUGAGGGGCUAAUUGACAACUCCACCCAAAUGAUUCUCCCCUCAUACACCCCAGCCUUUCCCAGUCUCUCUCUCACUUCUUCCUCUUUCACUUCAUCUGCCCCUCUACCUCAGCCUACAUCUUGUGGACCACCUAUUUCUACAUCGGCAUCUCUCUAUACCCCUCUUCCUCCAUCCUCCUCCUCCUCUCAACCACUCCUUACUGCUUCACCAUUGUAUGAAUCACUGCCUCCCUCUUCCUAUCCCUCUCUUCUUCCAUCUUCUCCUCCUCUUCCUUCUUCUACAGCUUCCCCCUCAAUUCCGACUUCAGAUUCCACUAUAAACUACCAGCUACUGCCUUCCUCGUCUUCUCCCCAGCUACCCACUUCUGCUUCCUAUCCUUCUAUCCCUCCAUCCAACUCUCCACAAGACCUCCUAAGCCCCCACACCCCACCCAAUUCCACCUACCCUUCUCAACCUCCCCCUUUAUAUCAAUCUAUCCAUCAUUCAGCAUCUACCCAUACUCCUCCUUCUGUCCAAAAUCCAACUCUCCCAACUUCUGCCUCAAUCAGCACUCCUUCCUCUGACCCUAAUCCAUCUCUUCCCACUUCUACCAUUACCCACACCACUCCUGUUCCUAUUCCAACAUUGCCAUCUUCCACGUCUAUUCAUACCCCUCCUUCAGUCGCCAAUCCUACUCUCCCACCUUCCACCUCUAUCCAUUCUACUCCCUCUGCUCUUAGUCAGCCUGUCCUGUCCUCAGCCUUGUCUUCCUUCCCCUCUUCCGCUUCAGUUCAUGCCCCACCUUCGGUCCCCAAUCCCUCCUUUCCCUCUUCCUGCUAUGUGUUACCAUCAUCAGCACCUUCCCUUCCAUCUCUUCCUGCCUCUACUUCUUCCCACACAUCUUCCUCUCUUCCAAAUCCCCCUCUUCCUCCAGCUGCUUACGCUCAUUUCCCCUCAUCCGCACCAUCCUCUUAUCCCACAGUUCCUCCCACUGAAAUUGGCUCAUUUUCUCAGUUCAAUCCCGCCCCACCAUACCUUUCAGAAAUGGUUCUCCAUCCAUCUCUUAUGUCAACUCUGGAGCCCUCCCUCUCCUCUUGCCUUCCAUCCUCCUCUUCUGCUCAAGCUGCCCUCUAUCCGCCCUUCCCCUCCUACCCUCUAAGACUAUGUCAGGACCCCCGCUCCCCAUUCACCAUCCCACUCAGGCACAUCUAUGGACAGCAUCGGCAUGGACAUGCCCACAGUCAGGGACCCUACCUGGAGAUGGGAGGGAGAGGUGUCUUCUGA